AUGUUCAAGUGUAGUAUAUGUGAUAAACCCUUUACAUUAAUUAAAAAUGUACGCAGACAUGUCAAGUCACAUGAUGUACCUGAUAAGAUUUCUUGCAGUAUAUGCUCAGAAAUAUUUACACGAAGAGAUAACCUCAUCAGACAUAGCAAGGAUAAACAUCGUACAAAUAUCGUAUUUCAACAACAACCAACCCUAACCAAGCGAGAAAUUCAAGAUUUUUUUAAACCAGCUGAAAACAUUUACGAUUAUAAUGGUAAAUAUAUGGACGGUGUUUGUGAGAAAGGGCACAAGUCAAAAUUCACUAGUUUUCAGGAGACAGGAAAAACGUUUUAUUAA